AUGACCCGAUCGCACAAACACACAACAACAUCCAUCACCAACAACAGAUUCUUCGACAACACAGGGGCUGUUGCAGGCACAUUCAGCGUCGUCGGCCUUGUCGUUCUCGCAUUGCUCAUCGCUUGUAUCACGUCCGCUGUUCGCCGCCGCCGCGCACGCAAAUUCGACCGGGAGCUGCAGGCUGCGACUUUGGAAGCAGCGUCUGCCCCUAAGCCAGUGUUCUUGGAUGAUGAGGAUGAUGCACCGGUGAGAGGUGGAGCAGGAGUGUAUGACCCAGAGGGAUACGCGCCUGGUGGAGGAGGAGGGUACUCGGAUGUGUCGAGCCAUGGGACGUAUGGGCAACCUGCGAUGAGCGUUGGGAGUCAUUCGUAUUCGCAUGGUGGAGGUGGGGGUGGUGAGGCAUAUGGGAUGAGGGAGAUGCAUUCAUAUGCAGGACCUGGUGGAACGGGAUCUGGGUCGGGUCCAGGACCUGGAUAUGGCGGUGGGUAUGGUGCGGGUGGUGGCGGAGGAAUGGGAGGUGGUGGAGGUGGAGUGGCACCAGGCGAAAUAUUCGAUCCCUACGCCGCAGGCGUCGCUGGUGCCGCUGCAGGUGGUGUUGCAGGUAUUGGCGCCGUCAGGGCGCGUAGCAUGCGACACGCCGCUGAGCAGGGUCAACAAACUUACAAUAAUACUGGCGGUACCCCCGACGACGGGCACCCGCACCAGCCCCAACCGUAUGCUGCUUUCGCAAGUGCACCGGCUGCUGGAUACGAUCCGUAUGCGGGUGCUGGCGGGCCGUUUGCGGGCAUCGGAACGAACUCACAAACAUCGUCUGGCGGUGGCGUUGGUAGUGGUGGAUACGGUGUGGUAAGUGGAGGGGGCAGCGGAACUGCGAACGCCUUAGCGCAACGCAACGCGGAGAUCUUGGAGGCUGCGGGUAUGGGCGCGCAUCUGGCUGGUGCCGGUAUGCUUGCACGGGGUAUGUCUGUCUCUCAGGCACAAGGCCAAGGACUGCAUCAUAGGACGUCGCCAUCGCAGGAGUUUAGGGAUUUGGAAAGGAGUAGGAGUAUGGGUGCGAGCUCGGCGACACAGUAUCCGCCACAGCAGUAUAGCCCGCCACCGCAGUGGUCACAGGUGGCCGCGGGCGCUUAUGGACAGCAAGGCCAGUCCCAAUCCCAAUCCCAGUCGUACGCCCAGCAAUCCCAAUCCCAAUCGUACACGCAACAAUCGCAUUCGUACACUCAACAAUCUUCGUAUUCCACCACGCAGCAAUCCCAAUCGCACUCCCAGUCAUUCACCCAGCAGCACCAACGAGGGAUGUCGACUGGUACAGCGGGUGAUGAUAUGGAGGAUGCGUAUGGCGGGUAUGUCGAUGAUGGUGAUGAUGCAAGUCCUGGGGAGCGUCUGCCGAAUCCGUUUGAUGCCGCUGCUGCCGCCAGUGGAUCCGCGGCGGGUGCAGGUGCGCUAGGAGCAGCCGCUGCGAAGGGUACGGUUCAUAGCGGUGGAAGUGGGAGUGGAAGUGGGCAAAGCCAUGGUCAUAGUACAGGUACGGGCACAGAGAGGGAGAGUAGGAGCAGGUAUAGCGAUGAGGUUGAUGAUCUUGAUGGUGAGGAGGAAGAAGAGGAGAAACCUAGGGUUUUGAAGGUUGCGAAUCAGUAA